AGGUGAGGUCGCGCAUGCGCAGAAGCGCUCUAAGAUGACAGGAGAACGUUGAGCUGCAUUCCCACCAUUCUGUGAGAAGAGGAGGAUCCCCCUUGUGCGCAUACACAAGGAAAAGGAGACACCGAGCGAUAAAAGCACAUAAAAGAACCCAAGUUCUGCUUUUUCAUCUGGCAUCAUGUCCGCCGGAGGAGAUUUGGGGAACCCCCUGAGGAAAUUUAAACUUGUUUUUCUGGGAGAGCAGAGCGUGGGGAAAACAUCUCUCAUCACUAGGUUCAUGUAUGACAGCUUCGACAACACGUAUCAGGCAACCAUUGGAAUCGACUUCCUGUCAAAAACCAUGUACCUGGAAGACCGAACAGUCAGGCUGCAGCUGUGGGACACAGCUGGACAGGAGCGCUUCAGAAGCCUCAUUCCCAGCUACAUACGGGACUCUACAGUAGCUGUGGUUGUCUACGACAUUACAAAUGUGAAUUCCUUCCAGCAGACCUGCAAAUGGAUCGAUGACGUCAGGACCGAAAGAGGAAGUGACGUCAUCAUCAUGCUUGUUGGCAACAAGACAGAUCUGGAGGAGAAGAGGCAAAUCACGAUCGAAGAAGGAGAGCAGAGAGCCAAAGAGCUGAACGUCAUGUUCAUCGAGACCAGUGCCAAGACAGGCUCCAAUGUCAAACAGCUGUUUCGUCGAGUUGCAGCCGCCCUACCUGGAAUGGAAAGCCUGGACGAUGCAAAUCCUGAAGGCAUGAUCGACAUCAAGCUGGACAAACCAGUGGAACCAUCUGUCCCAGAGGGCGGAUGCUCAUGUUAAUGCAGACCUACUAUUGGCCAGCUCCCUUCACACCAUAGGCUUGUUGUGUUGCUUAAUACUGGUUAGCUCCUAGUUAACGUCUCUAAUUGGAAAUAUGAUCGGAGCCUCGUUUACAAUUGGACACGUCAAACAUUACAUCUUUCAGUCUGGUUCAGUUGUAAGAUAUUGUAAACUUUGUCAAUAUGUAAGUGACUGGGGGAGAAAAACAAAGAAAAAAAAUAAAAUCUAAACAAAAAUAUCAGACGAGGGGAGAAGAAGAGGACAACGUAAAGUUCUUUUCACUGUUAUGUUUUGUAUUUUUUUAUAUAUAAAAUCGAGGAAAGCACCAAAAAUGAUUCCUAAACACAGAAGGAGGUGAAGUCGGAGGGAAGGUGGGGGUCACCUGUCCUUUAGAAAGGCUGAACACAUCUGAAUGUCUGCAGCAGCAUGCACGCCGUUCUGAUCUUUGAUCUUUGACCUGUGGCCUGCCCUCCGGGGUCUCCGUGCCCUGCAAGGAGGCUAUCUAUCUUAGAAUGUUUUCUAGCAUCUCUCUAUAACAUCUCAUAACAAUAAUUAUAUCAUUUGAUAUUCCCACAACUUCCAGUAGUCUCACCUAACAGUAGCUGUGAAAACGUGGCACUCUUAUCUCUCUAUAGGUUCAACUUUUAUAGAUCAAACUACACCGUGGUUUAAAAGAAGAAGGAGCUCACCAUCCCUCCAGAUAACCCUGGCUUGUUCCUUCCUUCCUCCCUCUAUCUCUCCUUCCUCUUUCCUCAUCCCUUCAUCCCGGUGAUACACUUAUAUCAACCCACUGUAAUAGACUGCACUGUAUAUAAUACUAUGUAUGUUGUGAACGUCCCUCUGUAGAAGUGGUCCUUGUUCACCAGUAUGAAUAAUGUAAUAAUGUUUAAUGAUUAAUAAAUUACAAAUUAAA